AUGGACCAUGAUCUCCAGCGAUCCGCUUACCAAUUAGUGCCCAACAACCCAACUCUGCCCCCUUCUCACCGUCCUGUGGGCGGGGGAGUCAUGGAGGAGCAGGAAGUACCAUUGCAGCUCGCGAGUGGGGGUCCUGUGGAUUCCUUGGGGAGUGACUGCAAAGAUUCUUUUGGAGCUUCAGGUCCCUUGGAUGGGGUAAAAGGUGAAUUUCUGGUUCUUGAAGAAUUUGCCACAUUUGACUCUCCAGGAGUACAGAGGUGUCCUGGUAAGCUGGUGUCAUUUCAUGAUGUUGCUGUGCGUUUCAGCUGGGAGGAGUGGCAGCACCUGGAUCUUGCUCAGAGGACCCUAUAUAGAGAUGUAAUGCUGGAGACCUACAGCAACCUUGUGUUCUUGAGAAUAUCUAGGGCAAAACCAAACAGGUUCUUUCCUGACUAUCUCUUGCCUUCUCUCCUGGCCAUGCUACCAGAACAUUCUGUUCAUUGUCAACAGCAAGAAAGAAUGAAAGGAUUUCUGAAGCUGAUGUCAUUUGAUGAUGUGGUUGUGGACUUCAGCUGGGAGGAGUGGCAACACCUGGAUAUUGCUCAGAGGACCCUCUAUAGAGAUGUAAUGCUAGAGACCUACAGCAACAUGGUGUCCUUGGGGCAUCAUAUUCCUAAGCCUAACUUGAUUGUCAAGCUGGAGCAAGGUGCAGAACCAUGGAGACGAGAAGACUCAGACAAGAAUCUCACAGAUGUCCAAGCAAUGAAGGAUGUGACUUCCUGCCAGGAAAGUCCAGAUGAAUAUCUACGUGAAGUAUCAGUCACAAAUAGUAACACAGUGGAAGAAAGAACGAGAUUAGUAACAACUUCUAAUUUGAGCUCAAAAGAUAAACUAGAGCUGAUUAGGAAUAAUGGGAACUCUUUAGGGAUGAGGACUGAGGUGUUCAUUGAGUAUCAGAACAUGCUUCCCUAUGGUGAGCCUGAUGAGGUGCAUGUUGCAUAUAAGCCUCCUGACCAAUCCCUCAGAUAUUUAGAUCAUUUUAGUCAAAAGGAUAAGAGUCCAAAUGAGCUGCAGUAUUUUGAACAUAGUGGAAAAAGGAAGGUAUUAAACUCAGAGAUCAUAUUCUUUAGCCGUAAUUGGGUUCAUGUGAGAGAACCCUCCUGUAAAUAUAAUGAAUAUAGAGAAGAUUAUAAUAAGUCUACAUUCCUUGCACAAGGAGUACAUCAGGGAGGGAAAACCACACCUGAAUGUGCUGUAUAUGGAAAUUUGUUCUACUUAAGACCUAUAGUCAGUACACAUCAGAAAAUGUACAAGGGAGACGAUCCUUGUAUUUGUAGUGAAUGUGAGAAAUUUUUCAGGAAGAAAAUACACCUUACAAAACCUCAGAGCAAAUAUCCAGAGGAAAAAUCCAAUGAGUAUAUCCAGUGUGCAAAAUCUACCUCUCAAAAGUCAAACCUGACUUUCCAACCUCAAACACCCAUAGAAGACAAACCUUAUGAACAUGAGGAAUGCAGGAAAUUUCAGAAGUCAGCUCUCAGCAGGCAUCAGAGAGCUUACAUGGAAAAGGAACCUUAUGAAUGCAACCAAUGUGGCAAAUCUUUUACCUGUAAGGAACAUCUUGAUGUUCAUCAGAGAAUACACAUAGGAGAGAAACAUUAUGAAUAUAAGAAAUGUGAAAAGUCCUUCACCCAGAAGUCAAACCUCACUUUGCAUCAGAGUACACACACAGGAGAGAAACCUUAUGAAUGCAACCAAUGUGGAAGAUCUUUCAGAAUCAAGUCACACCUCACUUCACAUCAGAGAACACACACAGGAGAGAAACCUUAUGAAUGCAACAAAUGCGGAAAGUCUUUCAGAAGGAAGUCACAUCUCACUUCACAUCAGAGAACACACACAGGAGGAAACGUUAUGGAUGUAACACGAGUGGGAAGUCUUUCAGAGGCAAGUCAGACCAUUUUGCAUCAGAGAACACACACAGGAUAGAAGCCUUAUGAAUGUAGCAAAUGUGGAAAGUCUUUCAUACGGAAGUCAUUCAUCCCUUUGCAUGAGGGAACACACACAGGAGAGAAACCUUGUCAAUGUAACAAGUGUGGAAAGUCUUUCAGAAAAGAAGUCAUACCUCACUUUGCAUCAGAGAACACACACAGGAAAGAAACCUUAUGAAUGUAACAAAUGUGGAAUGACUUUCAAGUGGAGAUCAGAUCUUGGCAGACAUAACAGAAUUCACACUGGUGAGAACCCUUAUGAAAGUAACAAAUGUGGAAAGUCUUUCCCCUGAAAGAUAUACCUCAGUGAUCAUCAGCGAAGUGACUCACCUAGGAGAAAAGAAAACUAAUGAAUAUAGCAAUGUGCAAUGGCCUUUAAUGAGAAAUCAGUCCCCAGUGUAUCCAAAAACCUACACAGGCGAGUAUAGUAAAUGUAUAAAAAACACUUUUCCAGAAGUCACAUCUUUACAGGUAUCAGAGACCUGGACCCAUGACAGAAUCUCUGUGAAAGUAACUGUUAGAGGAGUUUGGUCAACCAGCAGUCAACUGAUUCAUGGCAGAGGUAAGCUAGGUUUAAUGGGAAACUAUUCUUUACACUCUGGUAGUCAGUGACCCAUUUCUCAUUCUCUCAUUGUGUUGCGUGGGGAUGAUGUAGCUGCAUUAUUUAAAGGAUUUGGACACAGUAAUAGACAUUCACUACUUCCAGGCUUGCACAGUAAUUAAAAGAGUGAAGUCUUUUAUAAGAAGGAAUGGUUUUUCACAGUAAUUUUAUAAGCUCUUCUCAGAAAUAAGAGCUGCAGGCCUUUCGGGCUGGAGUCAGAUCAUCUACAAGG